GUUAUGGCCGUCAGUUAGUCACUAAUCUGUCAGUGAUGUCAGUCAACUUAACUGAUAAGAUGCUACGGUUUAUUAGUAUUAAUGAUAAAUAAAUAAUAACCUGAUAAAAAUAUCAAAUAAAUUUAUAAAUAUCCAAACCCGUGAUUCAGUUACUGUAUUUAAUUAUUUAUUAAACGUUAUUUAUAUUGAAUUUUAAUUUGAUAAAACAAUUUGUGGCGAUAUAAUUGAAGACUUCAAAAAAGAUUUAAACUUAUAAAAUGGCAACCAUUCGUCAAGCCUUACUACUAUCAUCUUCCAAUUGCCAUGGAUAUACAAUGUUAGAAUUCGCUAAACACGAAAUUUGUGCCAUACUGGAAAAAAACAAUAUAAAACAGUUACUCUUUGUACCAUAUGCACAAAAUGAUUUCAACUCUUACACAUCUAAAAUAAAAGAUGUUAUUGAUCCAUGGGGAUUUGAAGUCUCUGGUAUACACACUCAUCCUGAUCCUGCAGAUGCUGUAAUGUCCACAAAAGCUAUAUUCAUUGGAGGUGGAAAUACCUUCCUUCUACUAAAACGUCUGUAUGAAUUAAACUUAGUUGAACUCAUAAGAAACAGAGUUAAUGAGGGUAAUUUGAUAUACAUAGGAAGUAGUGCUGGUACAAAUGUAGCUACCAAAAGUAUACACACAACCAAUGAUAUGCCGAUUAUAUAUCCACCAUCAUUUGAUGCAAUAAAAAUUAUUCCUUUCAACAUAAACCCGCAUUACUUAGAAACUCCAGACCCUUCAACACAUAAAGGAGAGACUAGAGAUCAAAGACUUAAUGAAUAUAUGGAAAUGGACCAUGCUGCUCCUGUAUUAGGAUUGAAAGAAGGAGCUAUGCUACAUGUAAAUGGAGAUUCCUUGGUUUUAAAAGGUGUCACUGGUGGAGUUUUGUUUAAAAAAGGUCAUAAAAAAGUUGAAUACCCUGUUGGAGCAGACUUAACAUUUUUAUUUAAUCUACAUGGGACCCACUAACGACAUGUUAUCAUUAAACUUUUUAUUUACAUUUAUAUUAAUAAUAAUGUAUAAAUAUUGAUAUCAAGGAAUACUAAAAUAAAGUUGUACAUUUUGGCUUCCAA